AUGUUAGGCCAUAUUGAUCCAUCCAAAGUCUUCAACGUGAUUGCCAAGAAUGGCAAGACGAACAAGGAUCUACGCUUAUCGUAUACAACACAUCAGGUAGCCGGCACAGGAACGUUUGGCGUAGUGUACAAGGCCAAACUAAAAACAGGCGAACUCGUCGCCAUCAAAAAAGUCAAUCAAGACAAACGAUACAAGAAUCGUGAAUUGCAAAUUAUGCAAGCUUUGGCGGAGCAUCCUAAUAUUGUUACGUUAAAGUGGUACUUUCGUAGUCAAGGCGGAAGUGGAGUCAAGAAAGAUGCGGUCUUUCUCAACUUGGUGCUCGAAUAUGUUCCAGAAACCAUCCAUCAACGAUCACGCCAUUACGUGAGAAUUAAACAACGUAUGCCCGAUAUUUACAUCCAACUGUACACCGUGCAACUGUUGCGCGCCGUCGCAUAUCUCCAUUCUCUGGGAAUCUGUCACCGCGAUAUUAAACCUCAAAAUAUCCUUCUGGAUCCGGCCACGAAUAUUGUCAAAUUGUGUGAUUUUGGAAGUGCCAAGAUCUUGACUGCAGGUGAUGCCAACGUUUCGUAUAUUUGUUCGCGAUAUUAUCGAGCACCUGAAUUGAUUUUGGGCGCCGAAGAGUAUACAGUCAGCAUUGAUAUGUGGUCAGCGGGAUGCGUGAUUGGCGAGAUGAUUCUGGGCACGCCCUUGUUCCCCGGCGAGAACUCACCACGUCAAAUGGCGGAAAUUGUCAACGUACUCGGUACACCCACACAAGACCAAGUGAGAACCAUGAAUCCGUCGUCCACCGCAUUUACCUUUCCCGACAUUCCCGGCCAACCUUUGGCAAGCAUUUUCCCAUCGGAUGUGUCACCCGAUCUGGUGGAUCUGUUGGAUUGCAUGUUAAGAUACGAACCACAUCAACGUAUCACCGCCGCCCAAGCCGUCCAUCAUUCAUGCUUUCAUGAUCUACGUAAAAAAUGUCAAGACCUUUCCAUUGACACCCAAUUCCUUGACCUAUCCUCCUAA